AUAUAUUUCCAGUAAAAAGGCGUGAGGGCCAAGCGGACGCUUCUUCUCCUUCUCUUCGUUCUUAAGAAACAAACAUCCGUCACUCUCUUCGUUCUUAAGAAACAACACCGUGAGAGAGAGCGAGAGAGAGUGUGUAAGUGUGUGAGCCAGCGAUGGGCUCGUCUUCCACUGCGCUUCAUCUCUUCUCUCUCUUUCUCUGCCUCGUGAUCUCACGUGCCAGCGACGAGACCACCAUUCUCAAAGGUGUUGAUCUUGAAAGCCCAGCUAUAGUUGUCACUCCUUCUCCCGUUUCUGGCCUUUCAUCUUCCCGUGGCUCUAAAGAUGCUUUACUGUGUGAACGUGUUCAAGUUUCUGGUCUUUCAAGAUUGAAACUUGGUAGUUAUGCCAGUUCUUUUCGGAUUACCUUGUCUCCAUCUGUAGAAAUCCCAGAGAGAUUACAUAGCAAAAUUCAGGUUUGUUUUCACAGAAAUGAUUCACUUGGCUUAUGUCAGUGUGAAAAUGAUGAAUGGAAAUCUUUUAAGGGGCUGUGGAGCUCGGUUAUGUCCCCUUAUGAUUAUAGAUAUAUUGAUGUGAAGUUCAUUGGUGAAGUAUCUGGUUCUGUCACUAUAGCUGUUGAAGAAGAUUUCCAGCGAUGGCGCCUUGUGUGUCUAGCAUUGGGAUGUGUUUUACUACUUUUGGCUCCAAUUGUUAGCAGUUGGGUUCCUUUUUAUUACAGCAGUUCAAUGGUGAUCGGGGUUUUUCUGGUCAUUAUAAUCGUACUUUUUCAGGGAAUGAAGUUAUUGCCAACUGGUCGGAAAAAUGUCUUCUAUCUUACUGUAUAUGGAUCAGUGCUUGGAGCUGGAUCUUUCCUUUUAAAUUACUUUUCAAUGCUGGUAAAUUCGAUUCUUGUCAAUUUUGGACUCGGUGAAGAGAUGCACAAUCCAGUCUCUAUAUUUGUGCUAGUGGGAAUAAUCCUUGCUGGUGCUGCUUUAGGAUACUGGAUUGUGAGGAAAUUUGUAAUCUCAAAAGAUGGAAGUGUUGAUGUUGGUAUAGCCCAUUUUGUUAAAUGGGCAAUGCGCAUCAUUGGAACCACCUUUAUUUUACAGAGCACUCUUGACACUCCUCUAGCACUGGCGACCUUGGUUUCUUCCUGGGCUAUCUGCAAUCUUAUCUUUUGUCUGAAGUGGGCCGGUACAGUGCAUCAAUCAUAUUCUGGGAGUGUGACUCCUUGGCUGAAGCAGGAGAGACAGACAACAGGAAAGCAUAGCCGUGCUGAAUUCCUUAGCAGAUCAAGCCCUCAAGGGAAGAUGUGGAAUAGUCCACCAAAGCGAUCUGCUUGGUCAAACUCUCCCGUUAGAGGUGUAAUAUCGCCAUCUUUUGGGGCAAAGACUGAGCAAGAAUACUAUUCAACCUUCCACAAUGUGCGGAACCGAAAGAAGUUUACAAAGAAAGAGUGGGAUGAUUUCACACGGGACUCAACCCGACAAGCUAUUACAGAAUGGGCAGCAUCCCCUGAAUUCUCUGAUUGGAUGAUCAAUAAUGCUGACCGAAUACAGCUCCUUCCGAGUGAGUGUUCAGAUGAAAGCAUGGGAAGUGGAUCAGAUUCCACAAAUGAGAACGUCGUAGGGAGCCGAGGGCGGUUUGGGUUUUUAAACUGGUAGUAGAGAGACAGAGAGAGGAUCAAGCCAAGCAACAGAGUAUGCACCUUUGCAAUUGGCGGUAGGAUAUGUAAGUGCUAGGUGAGUGGAGUAGAACAACUAUUUCCCUUCAAGUAACAUGUAGGAUUAGAAGAAAUUAGGUUCAGAUUUAGGUAUAAGCUAACCACCAUUUAACAGUUGCUGGCACCACGUGUACUUUUUUUUUUUUUUUUUGUCUAAAAAUAUACCCUCUACUGAUAACACAUGGGUAACGCAUUGAAACAGCUGUAAGUACUUUUUUAACUGUAUUCUUGUAGUAAUUUUGUAGUGGGAUUCUGUCUGGCACGACGUUUCCCCAAGGCCAUUCCAUUCUUCAGCCCCUUGAACUCUCUUUUAGUUUGCAAUUGUAUUACUGUUUUUGUUGUAUUUCUGGUUACUUUAUUUUGUUACAUGAGCUUUGAUUAUGGAAAACCUUCAGUUAUUGCCACAUUA